AGUGCCACUUCCAGUUUUAGCCUACCACAACCAUCAUCGCCUUUACUUUAUCAUGUCCCAGACCCAGAGCUCGAGCAUGAGCGACGUUGCGAGCAUGGCUUGAGUCACGUUUGCACAAAGGAGAGUUGGUCUAAAUCUAUUGAUACUUUCGACAUGACGAUGCUCAGGAACCAGAUGCUAUUUUUCGCUCACUGAAGCUGGUCACGUCUUGGUAGCACCAUGUCCAGCGGUUGGCAGGGACAGUGGCCUACUCUCAACGCUGUCCGUGACGCUGUGAUAGAACUCCUCUAAAUCUCCAACAUGGGGAGCCGCUUGGAGAAGAAUUCGAACCAAGUGCGGAAACGCAUCGAAAGCCACUCAUUCACGGACGAGGGUGGCGAGGAAUAUGAGCCCAGCGCUUUUGGCGGUUUCCCGGACUACUUCCGCCGGAAGAAGAUCAAGCUCCAGAAUCUUGAUGCCGAGAUACGUGCUUCUACCACCAAACCCCAGAUAUUCAAGGGUAUAGUCGCCCACGUCACUGGGUACACUCAGCCGCCGCUUCACGUUCUACACAAGGACUUGGUAGAGCAUGGCGCUGCCUUCAUCCAGUACCUAGACUCGAAGACCAUGGCGACUCACAUCAUCGCUUCGACCCUUCCGCCCAAAAAAAUGGUUGAUUUUAACAAGUAUAGGAUUGUCAAGCCAGCAUGGGUUACCGAUUCCAUCCAAGCAGGGAAACUUUUGCCAUGGUCAAAUUAUAGGGUGAUCGGAGAGACCCCAAGGCAAAAGACUCUCAAAUUCGACGGUGGUGUGGUGUCUUCCCAGUCAAAUACGCAACAAUCGUCUCUGCUGAGAUAUCGGGAGCAGACUGACAACAGCUUCUACACGAGUCAGCUAAAGGACAUUGCUGAGAAAAUCGAUGGCAAGCAGACUAGGCAUCAGACACCCACUACAAAUCAAACACCACCAACAUUUGAACCUCCGAGAGGCAGGAGUAGUCCCUUGUUUGCUAACGAUGCCACGCUACCGCCGAGAAAGCUGGUCGAGGUCGCUGUCCAUGUUUCUAUGGACCUAGCAGAACUGGAUGAAGCUGCUGUCGGAGAUCUGGAUAUGGCUUCCGACAACAAGCCGGAGGAUUUUCCUUCGUCGCCAAGGCCCCCCAACAAGCCGCUCGGAGAAAUGACCUCGGAGGAACACAAUGCGUUGUUACUCCAAGAUCCAAGGAUGCGAAAAUCGUCAACGGCUAAUCCGGACUUUAUUCAACAAUACUACUCAGAAAGCCGUCUCCAUCAUCUGUCAACUUGGAAAGCCGAUCUGAAGUCGCGAAUGCAAAAAUUGGCCGCGGAGAAAGGACUCCAGGCAAGGCCAGCCAAAAGGAAGCCGGGAACAAGGCGGUAUAUCAUGCAUGUCGAUUUUGAUAGUUUCUUCUGCGCUGUAUCAUUGAAAAGCGCACCCGAAUUCGUCGACAAACCAGCAGUCGUAGCUCAUGGCAGUGGCACUGGAUCGGAAAUCGCAAGCUGCAAUUACCCUGCAAGAAAGUUCGGAGUCAAGAACGGCAUGUGGAUGAAGAAAGCCAAAGAGCUUUGCCCGGAUCUCAAAGUGCUACCUUAUGAUUUCCCGGCUUAUGAAGCGGCUAGCCAGCUUUUCUACGAGGCAAUAUUGGAGGUUGGUGGCGUCGUCCAGAGUGUCAGUAUCGAUGAAGCCCUGAUAGACGUGAGCUCCCUCAUCUUCGCUGCCGUGGGCUCACAAGGAGGUGGGGUCGAUGAAGGGAGCAUUUGGAGAGAACAGGAGAAAGCGGACCAGAUCGCACAGGAUCUUCGAGAUAGGAUCAAGAGUAAGACUGGUUGCGCUGUAUCUAUUGGCAUCGGCGACAAUAUUUUGCUAGCUAAAGUCGCUCUGAGAAAAGCAAAACCAGCUGGACAGUUUCAGUUGAAACCGGAGGCUGUAUUGAGUUUUCUGGGGGAUCUCAAGGCGGAUGAUCUCCCCGGUGUUGCAUACAGCAUCACCGGCAAACUUCAGGAGAUAGGGAUUGUAUACGUCAAAGACGUUCGAGAGGUGUCAAAAGAGCGCCUCGUCACUGCGCUUGGCCCGAAGACAGGGGAAAAGCUGUUUGAAUAUGCUCGCGGCAUCGAUCGUGUUGAAGUCGGUGAUCAGCCAAUCAGAAAAUCAGUCUCGGCAGAGGUCAACUGGGGAAUACGCUUCAUCAACCAGGAAGAAGCUGAAGAGUUCAUCUUCAACUUGUGCAAGGAGCUGGAGCGACGUCUCGUAAACGAACAGGUUAAAGGCAAGCAAUUGACGAUGAAAAUCAUGAGGCGAUCACUGGAUGCACCUCUAGAUCCGCCAAAACAUCUCGGUCAUGGAAAAUGUGACACCUUUAACAAGAGUAUCGUAUUUGGCAUUGCUACGCAUAACCAUCGGGUCAUCGGCAAGGAAGCCGUGUCCAUUUUGCGGUCUUACAAUUUUAGCCCAGGCGACCUUCGCGGACUCGGCAUACAACUCACCAAGUUGGAGCCCGUUAAAAUCUCGAUAUCUGGCGGACCUGAAAGCAGCCAGAAGAAACUCAACUUUGGUGGCUUUAGAACGCCGGCGUCGGCGAAGAAGCCCACCGAAGAUCUUAUCCAGGAGGUAGACAGCCCAGUCAAACCAAGUCCAACACCGGGUCAUAGCGAGGGCAAAGAUCCCAUCGAUGACGACCCAUUGACUCCGAGGAAACCGAAGCACAGCACCAUACACGCGGCACUUGCCAUAUCUAAAGCCUGCGAAAAUGAUGCCAAAGCUAACACACCCUUGAAUAUUGGUGGAACGCAGUUUGUCCUGCCAGCCAACCCUGACCCGGCCGUUCUUGCUGAGUUGCCCCCGGAUAUUCGAAACAAACUGCUUGCCCAGUCAAAGCCCAAAUUCGAAAGCAGAAAACCCCCACCAGCUGUGAGAUCAAGAGCCCAAAGUCCUGCAUUGGUGGAUGAGAUUCCGCCGGACAUCGACCCUGAGGUCUUUGCUGCUCUCCCCGAUGAUUUGAAGGCUGAGAUACUGGCUUCGUAUAGACCAAGGGCAGGACAACAUCUUCUACCGCAGUCUCCACGCAAAGCUCGCCCACUGCCUCAAUCUCCACGCAAAGACCGCAUCAUCCAGCAGACGAAGAAGAGUACGCCCACUAAAAAGCGUGGCCCGGGACUCUUUGCCAAUGCUCGAGAGCGGCAUGCCGAUGCGCAAAACAAAGUUGUUCAAACAUCGCUCGCCUUCAACCCAGGUGAAGAUGCAGGCGACGGUGAUAUGGAAGAGCUAGACGCAGAAUUUCUCGCGGGGCUACCUGAAUCAGUGCGGAAAGAAGUCAUAGACGAUCAUCGGCGCAGAAGAGCACAGCGCGCUGGUCUGGACCUGAGGAUAUCAAAUAAGCGCCAGCGAGAGCUAGAGGACCGGGACCGGGACGAGGAUGGAGACGAGGAUGAGGACGAAAUAAAGCUGCAGUUCAACGCACUACCUGCCAAGGUUGCCUUCACGAAUGCAGAACUGACUUCGUUGUCGGACAUACGAGAUAUGCUCAAUGUCUGGCACAAGGAAACGGCUACCGAGGGGCCGCACCAACGGGAUGUCGAAAUGCUGGGGACCUACCUCGUCAGGGUGGUCCUGGAGGAGAGAGACAUGGACAAAGCCAAGAAGCUCGUCCAGUGGCUUGACUACAUCGUCGAGGAAAACGAAACGGAUUCCAGCGGCAAGACAAGUUGGCGCGGUGUAGUACGAAGUGUCAAGAGCGAGGUUCAGAAAGCGGCCAGACAAAGAGGUCUGGGACCUCUGGAUAUGUAAACAGAAUGAACUAAUACCAGUGAUGAGAUACGAAUGUAAAUGAACAAGUGAAAAAGACCAAAAGGUAACUCGAUAUGACAAUCAGUAGAACUAGCUUUUCUCCUUCUGUUUUCGAGAGUAUAUCCUGGCAUUCCGCGCACGGACCACCGAAUAUAGGGUAUACAAUGCGGGAAGCUAUAUAGCACUAUACCGGUGUAUCCAGAAGGACGGAAAUUGCUAAAAGGCAUAUUUUCUCCAAAUCUCAAAAGC